AUGUCGUUAACAGCAAAAGGAAUAGCGAUAUUUUUCGCUUUAGCUACUACGGCAUUUUGCGUAUCAACAAUUGUUUUGGCUGUUGAAAAGUCUAAUUUGGAAAAUGAUUUACAGGAUGCUCUAGAUAAAUUGGAUACAAUUUCAACUUUGACAACUAGUUCUACAACACCUAUUACACCAUCGCCUACAAUCGGUUCAACGCCAUCGACUGAACAAUCACUACCAUCUACUUCUGAUGUAACAGAUCCAACUACAAAGAGUACACCAGGUGGAGGAGAAUCUUCUUCUAGCCCUUCCACUGAAUUCCCUUGGCCUACAAUGACAGUACCAAAUAAUCCAACUUUUCCUACAUUGCCUACUGAUCUUCCUAAUCCCGAAGAGAUAAUUUAUCGUCUUCCCAAUGACAUCCGUCCUAUUAAAUAUAAACUCUACAUUCUUCCUGAACUAAAUGCCAAAAUCUGUGAAGGUACCGUAUCGAUUCAAAUUGAAAUCGACAAGGAAACUAAUUUGAUCGUGUUGCAUGCCAAGGAUUUGGAAAUAAAUUCUGUGAGUAUUUUGAAUAUGAUGGCUCGUAUGCGCAUACGAGUUAAAAAGUUCUAUUUGGAUGUUGAACGUGAAAUGCUGUUUAUUGAAUUGGAAGAAAUAUUGUAUACGUCGACUCCAUACACUGUUUCCAUAAGUUAUAGUUGUCAGUUGGAUGGCCUUGUGGGCUUUUAUGCUAGUUCAUAUUUAAGUGCUGACAAUAAAGAUAGCAAAAACAACCAACCAACAGCCAUACGAAUAUGGCCUAAAUAUCAUGGAACAGGUUUUUUUGAUCAAAUAAAUCAAAAGCAUUUCAAAGUUAUUGUUAACUACUUGAAGUAUUAA